AUGCAGUUCCUCAAUUUGGCAUUCCUAUGUGCGUUAUUUAGCAUUUGUCUGGCAGUGCGUUUCGAAAUCCCCGCGUUUCCAAAGCCAGAGCCAAUAUGUGUUCGUGAUUUUGUGAGCGAAGGACAAUUGGUUGUGGUCAAUAUUGAAAGUGACGGUUCUGUCGGAGACGGCCAGGUUCUAAACCUAGUAAUCAGAGACAGUGUGGGGAAUGAAUACCGUAGAAAGAAGGAUUUUGCGGGUCCUAUCAAAGUUGCAUUCACAGCUCCUUCAUCGGCAGCAUUUGACGUGUGUUUGGAAAAUCAAUUGCAAACUCGUGGGCGUUCAUUGAGUAGAUCCGUUGAGCUAGAUAUAGAAUCUGGCUCCCAAGCUCGUGACUGGAACAAGAUCCAAUCAACAGAGAAGUUAAAGCCUAUCGAAGUUGAAUUGCGCAAGGUUGAAGAACUGACGGACGAAAUUCUUGAUGAACUUGCAUAUUUGAAGACCAGAGAAGAGAGACUGAGAGACACUAACGAGUCGACCAACAGAAGAGCAAGAAACUUCUCGAUUCUUGUAAUCUGCGUCCUGAUCAGCUUAGGCGCCUGGCAAAUGAACUAUCUGCGCAACUACUUCAAAGCUAAGCACAUUAUCUAG